ACAAAAUACAUACAUACAUACAUAAAGAAAGGAAAAGAAACGAUUAGCAGUUAAUCAAUUAGAAAUAUAAUGCAGAGUAGUAGCAGCAGCAGCAGCAACUUUUGCCAAAGAUUAGUUACAGUUAGUGUAAGCAACAAGAAGUUGAAAAGUAAGAACAAAAGAGAUUGACCACAAAAGCGUAUCACAAAUUUUCACGCACACACACAUAUAGAAAAAUGACUUCCAGACUUGAUCGUCUGUUUAUCCUUUUGGAGUCGGGCUCAACAGCAGCCACACGUCAAGCGGCAGCCAAACAAAUUGGAGAAGUACAGAAACUAUAUCCCCAUGAGUUGCAUUCGCUUCUUAAUCGUCUAGUUGGAUAUUUGCAUAGCUCAUCGUGGGAGACGCGAAUAGCUGCCGCCCAGACGGUGGAGUCGAUACUAAAACAGGUGCCAUCAUGGCAACCAGAACUGAAUCUGAAUCAUUAUCAACAGUCGAAUGCGGCAAUUGUAGUAAAAAAGGAAGAGCCCGCCGAGGAGGAUAGUUGCCAAUCGAGUGCAUCCUCCUCAACGACGGCAACAAACAGCAGCAGCGAACGUCUGCUUAGUUUCGAUGAAUUUGAUUUGCAACAAAUCCUACAGAAAGGCGCCCGCCUCAUUGGUUCCGAGGGCAAUGAAUUCGAUGUCCAAGAAGAACAACCAGCCACUGGCGCUGGUGGGGCGGAAGAUCAGAGUGUGGCCACACGUCUCAGUCGACAGCGUGCUUUGCUAAAUGAUAAAUUGGGUCUGACAACGGUGGCCAAGUUGGGGGUGAAUCUAACCGAUAUGAUCACAGAUGAAGAUGUUGCCCUAAACCGCAGUGGUGGGACUGGUAACCAGAACAGUAACUAUAAUAUCAAUGCGGAAAAAUUACCCGUAGAGCAGAUUCUCAAUUUAAAACCAUCUGCCAAUGGUGGAGGAGCUCCUCUCAGUUGUCGUGAAAUUAAUCGGGCCAAGCGCAAGGCUAGACAGGUAACAACGCCGCCAACAUGUAGUCGAAGGAAUUCCAUUAGCAAUAGCAGUGGAUGCGGCAGUAAUAGUAGUAAUGGUGGAGGAGGAGGAGGAGGUGGUCUUCCAUCUACACCCACCAGCGAUGAGCCGGAAAAAAAGAAAUUAAAAUCCCAUAUGGGUCAAGAGAUUUUCUAUAGCUUAAAUGCUGCUGUGCCAGAUGCCACUGGCCAGUGGGUUGACGCCACUAGCUGGCCCCUGGAGAACUUUUGCUCCCGACUGUUUAUCGAUCUCUUUCAUGCGAAAUGGGAAGUUCGUCAUGGUGCAGCGACAGCUCUACGCGAAUUGAUUAAUCAACAUGCGCAGGGAGCGGGCAAAUCUAUAUGCCAUCAUUCAUUGGAACAGAUGCACGAGGCCCACAAUCGUUGGCUCGAAGAUGCUGCCCUGCGUUUGCUGUGUGUUCUCUGUUUGGAUCGGUUUGGCGAUUUCGUUUCCGAUCAGGUUGUGGCUCCGGUGCGAGAGACAUGCGCCCAAGUACUCGGCACCUUGGUCAAAGAGAUCGAAGCGACCAAGGUCCAGAGGAUUGUGGAUAUUCUAUUGCAAUUGAUACGCCACAAGAAUGAAUGGGAAGUCCGACACGGUGGCCUGUUAGGAUUGAAGUAUGUUUUUGUGGUCCGAGAAGAGUUACUCCAGAUAUAUUUGCCACAAUCGAUAGAGAUCAUUUUGACGGGGCUUCUCGAUUCGGUUGAUGAUGUAGGAGCUGUAGCUGCUGCCACAUUAAUACCCGUUUCCACAUGGCUGCCCAAGCUAUUGAGUCCCACACAAGUUUCAUCCAUUGUUAAGAUGCUGUGGGAUUUGCUACUGGAUCAAGAUGAACUAACAUCGGCCUGCAAUAGCUUUAUGGGUUUAUUGGCGGCUAUUCUAUGUCUACCACAAGCUGCUUCAUGGAUACAAAUGGAGCCGAUGGCGACGUUAGUGCCACGUCUCUGGCCAUUUCUUUCUCAUAGCACCAGCUCGGUGAGAAAAUCCACCUUAAAGACUCUUAUCACACUAACCAGUGAGGAUAAGCUAAUAAAUGGUGAUCGAGAAGAAGGAGGAGCAGGAGGUGUUAAAACAGAGACCGAAACGAAGCAGGUGAAACUUAACUUUGGGGUUAAAGACUGGAACUGGCAACUGCUGCAGCAGGCCUUGCGUCACAUUUACCAACGUAUUUUGGUGGAGCCUCAAGAGAGUAUUCAGGCAUUGGCACGUCAAGUGUGGUCCAAUCUCAUCCAGCAUGCCGAUCUAGGUGCUCUUCUGAACGCUGCUUGUCCAUUUGUAUCUUCAUGGAUAUGUUUGGCUAUGCAACCGCCCAGAUUAGCCUUUGAUUCAGCUGUACUCAUCAGAGCUUGCGGCGGCGGUGGCGGCGUUGCAGGUGAUGCCUCAUCAACAUCUUCACGACGUCGUAUACCAAAAUUGGGCGAUGAUUUGGGUGGUUCCGCUUUGGCUCAUUCGAAUGCCACGCUAAAACUUUACUUGGGUGGCAGUGAGGCAACUCCUCUAGAGGUUCGAGAGGCAAAUUUUGUAAGGGCCAGAAUUACAUCGUCUCGAGCGCUUGGAGCACUCUCCCACUAUCUAGUGCAACCGGCCCCGGGUGUGGUCUAUACACCACAAAUGGAAAGCCCCACAGAUUGCUACACCAAAGUACUGCUGGGUCAUUUAAAUGCGCACUCUGCUGUGCAGAGAAUUGUUUGCGGACUGAUUAUAGCCUUCUGGGCCCUUGAAGAUGAGCCAGUGCGUCCGGGUCCACCCAAUCUGCAGGAGAAACUUCAUCAAUGUGUUGCUGAAUACUUCUACUACGAUGAGGUGGCUGUUUCGCUUACACGUUUGUUGCAGGAAACACAGGAUUUUAUAGCCACACUGAAACAGAAUAAGAUACCCAUCAAUGAUUUUAAUAAUGCCAAGAUCCUAACACUCGACCAGAUCGAAGCAGUGGCAUUCAGUUUAAGCGAGAAUAUACGCCAUUUUCCCCUGAAGCCCAAGGUUAUGGAUACGCUAUUGGAACGUCGACGCAGUCUUCAGGCCUCAUACCAGCAGACAACGACUGAACAAGGCUCCUAUCAUGUCAGUGCCCAGGCUGCAUUAGCUGGUGCCAUUUGUGCCUUGCAUUGUCUGCCAGAGAAAUUGAAUCCUGUCGUAAAGCCUCUAAUGGAGUCCAUUAAGCGGGAACAAUGUGUGCCAUUGCAGCAGUUGUCAGCUGAGUUUCUGGUUCAUUUAAUGGAUCAGGUUUGUGAUAGAAAUCCUAGUCCAAACAGUAAAAUUUUAAACAAUUUAUGCACAUUGCUUCGAAGUGACGGCGAUCACACGCCCAAACUGAUUAUGCCUUUUCAUACCGUGAUGGAUACGAUGGCCUCGACUGUGGCUGAUUCGAAUUGCGCUUACUAUGGCAUUGUGACUCUGACCCUUCAGCAGGCAGUGAAAUCCAAUUCAACUGCCAAUAGAGGACCAGGUAGCGGAAGCACAACAGCCGGUUCAGGUACACCCACUGCACCACGUGGUCCAGGAAGACCGCCAGCCAGUGAGAUUUUGGCUAAUGCAGCAGCUGCCGCCGCCACAAUAGAGCAGAGUGUGUUACUAGCACGUGAAGCCGAAGCAAAACAAUGUCGCAUUCAACGUCUGGGAUCAGCUUGUGCCAUUACUAAGCUAUGCUCGUCAUUUGGUGAGCACAUUGUGGAAAAAGUGCCCAUAUUUGAGCAGCUGAUGUUUGGCAAACUUGCCCAAUUUGUCCAGGAAACGGAUGACACGCAUCUGUAUAACACUUUGCCCGAUCUUGGUGUCUGCACUGAACUUAUCAGUUCACUUCAAUUAAUCGAGACAGCUGCUCCUCAUUUGCAUAGGGCACUGCAUAAGGAAUUGUUUACCCUGCUACCUCAUUUGGGAUUCAUUGUGCGACAUCCCUUAAAAGCUAUACGCCAUAUGGCAGCACGAUGUAUAGCAGUCCUCGCCGAAAUUGAUCCAUGUGAGACUAUGCAAUUUGUGGUCCAGCACCUUGUUCCACUUUUGUCCAAGAUUGAGAAACUUAUUGAGCGUCAAGGAGCAGUGGAGGCCAUUGAACGUGUUGUCAGCCGUCUACAAAUUCAAGUGGUGCCCUACAUUGUGGUCCUUGUCGUACCCUUGCUAGGUACCAUGAGCGAUCCGGCUGAGUCUGUGCGCCUUAUGGCUACCCAAUGUUUUGCCAAUCUUAUACAAUUAAUGCCCCUAGAUGGUGGAGCUAAGUCAGAGCAGUUGAAAAGUGAACCGCUGCAGGCUAGAAAAAGUCGGGAUAAAGAAUUCUUGGAUUAUCUAUUUAAUCCCAAGACCAUUCCCGACUACAAAGUUCCCGUGACGUUGAGUGUAGAGCUGCGUGGCUAUCAACAGGCUGGCAUCAAUUGGCUGUGGUUCUUGAAUAAAUAUAAUCUUCAUGGCAUCCUCUGUGAUGACAUGGGCCUGGGAAAGACUCUACAGACCAUCUGCAUUCUGGCAGGUGAUCAUAUUCAGCGCGAAAAUACAAAUCAGUCUAAUUUGCCAAGUCUGGUCAUUUGUCCGCCUACUCUAACCGGCCAUUGGGUCUAUGAGGUGGAGAAAUUUCUGGCCCAAUCGCCGAUCUUGAGGCCACUGCACUAUUUCGGAUUUCCCGUGGGACGCGAGAAACUUCGCAGUCAAAUUGGCACUACAUGCAAUCUGGUGGUGGCAUCCUAUGACACGGUACGCAAAGAUAUUGACUACUUCAGUGGCAUCCAUUUCAACUAUUGCGUCUUGGACGAGGGUCACAUCAUCAAGAAUGGCAAAACUAAGAGCUCAAAGGCGAUUAAACAAUUGAAAGCCAAUCACAGACUCAUUCUGUCGGGCACGCCUAUUCAAAAUAAUGUUUUGGAAUUGUGGUCCCUGUUCGAUUUCUUAAUGCCGGGAUUUCUGGGCACAGAGAAGCAAUUCAUUCAACGUUUCUCCCGUCCCAUUUUGGCAUCGCGGGAUGCUAAGAGUUCACCCAAAGAUCAGGAAGCUGGCGUCUUGGCCAUGGAAGCCCUUCAUCGUCAGGUCCUGCCAUUCCUUUUGCGGCGUGUCAAAGAAGAUGUACUCAAGGAUUUGCCACCAAAGAUCACGCAAGAUCUCCUUUGCGAGCUGAGUCCUCUCCAGUUGCGUCUCUAUGAGGAUUUCAGCAAAAAACACCUUAAAGACUGUUUGGAUAAGUUGGGCGACUCGCCGGGAGCAGCAACUGGAACCACAACGAGCACAGAGAAUCUCAAUGGCAGGACGCACAUCUUCCAAGCCCUGCGAUAUCUACAGAAUGUUUGUAAUCAUCCCAAACUGGUUCUUCGGCAAUCGGAAGAGCUCGGUCCGAUCGUAACUCAAUUGGCUCUUUCAAAUUCCACAUUAGAUGACAUUGAGCAUUCGGCCAAGCUGCCAGCUCUGAAGCAACUUCUGCUUGAUUGCGGUAUUGGAGUCCAAACCGAAUCGGUGAGCCAACAUCGUGCCCUGAUCUUUUGCCAAUUGAAAGCCAUGUUGGACAUUGUUGAGCACGAUUUGCUGCGUCGUCAUCUGCCCAGUGUCACCUAUUUGCGACUAGAUGGCAGUGUUCCAGCUUCCCAGCGUCAGGAUAUAGUCAAUAAUUUCAAUAGUGAUCCAAGCAUUGAUGUUCUGCUACUAACCACUCUGGUUGGCGGUCUAGGUUUGAAUUUAACUGGAGCCGAUACUGUCAUCUUUGUCGAACACGAUUGGAAUCCCAUGAAGGAUCUACAGGCCAUGGAUCGUGCCCAUCGUAUUGGCCAAAAGAAGGUAGUCAAUGUCUAUCGCCUGAUAACGCGUAACUCGCUAGAAGAAAAGAUUAUGGGACUACAGAAAUUCAAAAUUCUUACUGCCAAUACUGUGGUCAGUGCCGAGAAUGCCUCACUCCAGACCAUGGGCACCUCACAAAUAUUCGAUCGUUUCGUAAAUGCCGAGUCUGACAAGAACAACCAGCAGGGAAGUGGUGGAUCAUCAUCUGGCAGCAACAUAUCAAUGAAUACAAUUAUUGAAAACUUGCCUGAACUUUGGUCCGAGCAUCAGUACGAGGAGGAAUACGAUUUAGGCAACUUUGUGCAGGCGUUAAAAAAAUGAGAGUUAUCCUUGCUCUUCCCCUCGUUUAAAUUCACUUCCGCCGGCUCCAAUACCAACUCUAAAGACUUCCAGACAGAUGAGAGUUCAGUUUUAUGAUUAUAACAUCCUACUUUUCCUGUUCCUUUGUAAUUGAAAAAUGAAGAAAAAAACCCAUGAAUAAACAUAAUUAUCCAAAAAGUUUACAAUAAUUACAUUA